CCGCCCGGUUGCCGGGGAGACGCGUCCCAGGCGCGGAAAUCCCCGCGGGCGCGGAGCCCGCCCGGCGCCGCCAUGAGCCAGCGCCAGGUCCUACAAGUGUUCGAGCAGUACCAGCGCGCCCGGACGCAGUUCGUGCAGGGGGUGGCCGACCUCGCCGCCCGCCCGCAGAGCAUCGAGACCCUGCAGAGCGCAGGUGUAGUGUCUUUGCUGAGACCUCUUUUGCUGGAUGUUGUCCCAAGUGUUCGACAGACUGCUGCCUUGGGUCUCGGGAGACUUGCUGAUUAUAAUGUGGACUUGGCAGAGGCAAUUGUGAAGGCAGGCAUUCUUCCACAGCUCGUGUGUUCAUUGCCUGAGGAGAAUCGUUACUACAAGAAAACAGCUGCAUUUGUGCUAAGAGCGAUUGCUAAACAUUCUCCACAGCUAGCUCAGGCAGUAGUUCAGUGUGGAGCACUGGAAGCACUGGUGAUUUGCUUGGAAGACUUUGACCCAGGAGUCAAAGAAGGUGCAUGUUGGGCAUUUGAUUAUAUUGCCCGACACAAUCCAGAACUGUCACAAGCUGUGGUGGAUGCAGGCGCUGUUCCUCUUUUAGUGCUCUGUAUCCAGGAGCCAGAAAUUGCUUUGAAAAGGAUUGCUGCUUCAACUCUCAGUGAUAUUUCAAAGCAUUCUCCAGAGUUAGCACAGACAGUAGUGGAUGCAGGAGCUAUCGCUCACUUAGCUCAGAUGAUCCCGAACCCUGAUGCUAAACUGAAGCGUCAGGUGCUGUCAGCUCUAAGCCAAAUAGCAAAGCAUUCAGUGGAUCUUGCAGAGUUGGUGGUUGAAGCAGAAAUUUUCCCAGUUGUGCUCACAUGCCUGAAGGACUCAGAUGAAUAUGUCAAGAAAAAUGGUGCAACUUUAAUUAGAGAGAUAGCAAAGCAUUCGCCUGAGCUUUCACAGCUUAUAGUAAAUUCAGGCGGAGUUGCUGCUGUGAUUGAUUGUAUUGGCAGCUGCAGAGGGACUGUCAGACUGCCUGGCAUCAUGAUGCUUGGUUAUGUAGCAGCUCAUUCGGAGAACCUGUCAAUGGCAGUGAUUGUCUCCAAGGGAAUACCACCACUGUGUGCCUGCUUGAUAGAAGAACAUGAAGAUCAUAUUAAGGCAGCAGCUGCUUGGGCCUUGGGACAGAUUGGAAGACACACUGCUGAGCAUGCACGUCAUGUUGCAGGAGGAAACGUGCUACCCACACUGCUCGAUAUCUAUGUGGACACACGCAGUUCAGAAGAUCUUAAAAUGAAAGCUAAAAAAGCCUUAAAGAACAUUCUUCAGAAAUGCACGCAUCUUCCAGCACUUGAACCAUUGCUGCAUGAUGCUCCUCCCAGUAUUAUGAAACAUAUUAUUGGGCAGUUUAGUAAGGUGUUACCACAUGACAGUAAAGCACGUCGUCUCUUUGUAACAACUGGCGGACUUAAAAAGGUUCAAGAAAUAAAAGCAGAACCUGGGUCACUUCUUCAGGAAUAUAUCAAUACUAUUAACAAUUGCUAUCCAGAGGAAAUAGUAAGGUAUUAUUCCCCUGGAUAUCCUGAGAUACUUCUGGAAAGGGUGGAAAGUUACCAACCGGUUUUAUAAACUUCAGUGUUUUAUUAGAUCUGCAUUUCACAUUUAUGCCUUUAUGACUGUAAUACAAAUACAGCUGUUGAAAGUCUUGCUUGAUUCUGAAAUCUCCUUCCACUGUUUGAACUACUGAAAGAGCUCAGCAAUUCCAGCAAGCUAUAUUUUGUUCUUUAUAAACUUGUUUGUUCCUAAGUUUUUGUUCCUUUUUGUUUAACAUUGCUACCAGAUAUUGCUGCAUAUAUGAAUGGAAUUUCAUGCAGGGGUGAUGAUUUAUCACAGAAGCUUUUUUAGAAUCAGUCAUUUCCUUUUCCUUCCACAAGAAAGGUUUGUUAUCUCAUUCAAAUUUUAGCCUUCUCAGUACUAUUACCAUUUUCCCUUUUUGCCUUUGCAUAUUGUUUAAAGCUUCCCAGUCUUGAUGAGGGGGAAAAAGCUGGCCUCUGUGCCUUUUCUAAUUAUGGAAUUCUUUCUGCACUGAGAUAUUUCCUGCUCUACUUUUGAGAAAGUAAAGUGAUAUGAUUUUGCACCUCCAAACAUGUUUCUAGCAGCAAAAUAAAUAAAUAAAUAAAUAAUCAGAUCUGA